AUGUCCUCCUUGGAAAACGGCAGCAUCUCCCAGGGCGAGGGAAAGGAUCCCUCCAGCUUCCUCAGCGACAUUAUCGGCCACCCCGUCAUCGUCAAGCUCAACUCAGGCGUCGUCUACAAGGGUGAACUUCAGUCUGUGGAUGGCUACAUGAACAUUGCGCUGGAGAAGACGGAGGAGUACGUCAACGGGGCCAAGAGACGAGAUUACGGGGAUGCCUUUGUGCGAGGGAACAAUGUCAUGUACAUCUCGGCAGACUCGUGA